GAAUUAAAUAAAAAAAUCUUUUGGUUAGAGAAAAGAGAAUGAGGAGUUGAGCCGACUGCGAGCGAGCGAGCCAGUGUUCAGAGCUUUUGGAGCUCUGCGUGACUGUGAAAUUCCCCAAGCAAGUCCAAGGCAUUUUGCAGGCUCCAUGCAUUUCUGUUGUCUAUUACACAGCAGAGAAAGAUUGCAACUUUGGUCACAGAAUAGGUGACACGAGGCAAGGGUGUCAGUGUCGACUUGUGAAACGGGGAAAAGAAGGUGUUUGAGAUCAAUAUUCUGAAAAGGGGGUUCUAAUGGAGUCCUUAUGGAAGCUUCUCUAUUUGCUGGAGCCUGCACCUGUUACCCUCAUGCUGACGGCAGUAGCUGUCACAUUUGGAUCAGCGUUUCGAGCAUUAAACUACGGAAAAGAAAUGGAAAGAAAUCGUGACUUAUCAGAAGCUUCCAUCACAUUAGAUAGUUCACAAGCACUGAUGAUCCCGGUGAUGAGCUCUUGCAGCUUGCUUUUGAUGUUUUACCUGUUUUCUUCGGUUUCACAGCUGCUCACUGCAUUCACAGCCGUUGCCUCUGUUUCAUCACUCUACUUCUGUGCCUCUCCUUAUGCCGCCUAUCUGAAGUCAUAUUUUGGUCUCUCGGAUCCUUUUGUUUCACGUUGCUGUUCAAAGCCCUUCUCUCGGAUCCAGGGGUUACUCCUGACGGCUUGCAUAGUAACAGUUGUUGCAUGGCUUGUUUCUGGGCACUGGAUAUUGAACAAUCUAUUGGGAAUUUCUAUUUGCAUUGCCUUUGUCAGUCAUGUCAGGCUUCCCAACAUCAAGAUAUGUGCAAUGCUGCUAGUGUGUUUGUUUGUAUAUGACAUAUUCUGGGUGUUCUUUUCCGAGAGAUUCUUUGGUGCCAACGUCAUGGUAUCAGUGGCAACACAACAGGCUUCCAAUCCUGUUCAUACAGUUGCCAACAGUUUGAGCCUUCCAGGCUUGCAGUUGAUCACAAAGAAACUCGAGUUGCCUGUUAAAAUAAUCUUUCCGAGGAACUUGUUGGGUAGCACAUUUUAUGGAGGAACUGCUUCUGACUUCAUGAUGCUUGGACUCGGAGAUAUGGUGGCUAUACCAGCUAUGCUUCUGGCGCUAGUCCUUUGCUUUGAUCAUAGAAAGAGCAGAGAUACAGUAUCUCUUCUGGAACUACAUUCGUCCAAGGGCCAUAAAUACAUCUGGUAUGCUCUCCCAGGAUACGCCAUUGGUCUAAUAACUGCAUUAGCAGCUGGCGUCUUGACUCAGUCUCCCCAACCUGCUCUUCUUUACCUGGUUCCUUCUACAUUGGGACCUGUGGUUCUUAUCUCCUGGAUCAGGAGAGAACUAGACGAGUUAUGGGAAGGAACUGUUUCUAACCCUACUGAUAAAGCUCGCCAAAUAGAAGCUUGAUAUCAAGCUGAACAAACUAGGCGCUUGCUGUAUGCUUCUUGCUGGGGGGAGUGAAGUUGCAAAUGAUGGAAAUUCAGUUUCAGAUUCUAUCCUUUGAAAAAACAUUCAGUAUGGAAUAUGGAUAGAAGUGAAUGAAUGAAUAUUUAUGUUGUUCAAACUUUGAGCGGCCUCAUGUAAAAGACUUAAGUAGUGAUGAUUUAAGUGGAAAGGAAGCAAGAAAGGUCGAGAGCCACUCUGAGGCUUAUGAUGAAGAGUUCACUGUGUUAGUUAUCAAAAUUCUAAAUCUUGGUUAAUUGAGGCUUACUAAGUCACUAUGACCUAUUGAGACCAUUGGAUGAUGCUCAUCAUAGCUCGUAUAAUAAUUUGUGUAAAUAAAAACAGUAUUAUGACA